CAUCCCAAAGAAGAGAAGGAAGACAAGAAACCUCCCAAAGAAGAGAAAGAAGCCAAGAAACACCCCAAAGAAGAGGAAGAACUCAAGAAACCACACAAAGAGGAUAAAGAAGUCAAAAUACAUCCCAAAGAAGAGAAGGAAGACAAGAAAACUCCCAAAGAAGAGAAGGAAGCCAAGAAACACCCCAAAGAAGAGAAAGAAGUCAAGAAACCUCACAAAGAAGAGAAAGAAGUUAAAAUACAUCCCAAAGAAGAGAAGGAAGACAAGAAACCUCACAAAGAAGAGAAAGAAGUUAAAAUACAUCCCAAAGAAGAGAAGGAAGACAAGAAACCUCACAAAGAAGAGAAAGAAGUCAAACUACAUCCCAAAGAAGAGAAGGAAGCCAAGAAACCUCACAAGGAAGAGAAAGAAGUCAAAAUACAUCCCAAAGAAGAGAAGGAAGCCAAGAAACCUCACAAGGAAGAGAAAGAAGUCAAAAUACAUCCCAAAGAAGAGAAGGAAGCCAAGAAACCUCACAAAGAAGAGAUAGAAGUCAAGACACCUCCCAAAGAGGAGAAAGAAGUCAAGAUACCUCCCAAAGAAGUGAAAGAAACAAAGAAAUCCCCCAAAGAGGAAAAAGAAGCCAAGGAACCACACAAAGAAGAAAAAGAAGUCAAGAAACCUCCCAAAGAAGAGAAAGAAGUCAAGAAACCACCUAAAGAAGAGAAAGAAGUCAAGAAACCUCCAAAAGAAGAGAAAGAAAUCAAGACACCACAUAAAAAAGAGAAAGAAGUCAAGAAACUUCCCAAGGAAGAGAAAGAACUCAAGAAACAUCUCAAAGAAGUCAAGAAACCACCUCAGGAAGACAAAGAAGUGAAGAAACCACCCAAAGAAGAGAAAGAGGAGAAAAAAGCUCCUAAAGAAGAGAAAGAAGUCAAGAAACCUCUAAAAGAAGACAAGGGCAAAAAACCUCUCAAAGAAGAGAAAGUAGAGAAACCACAUAAAGAAGAGACAGAUAUUAAGAAACACCUCAAAGAAAAGAGAGAAGACAUUAAACCACCCAAAGAGGAGAAAGAAGUCAAGAAACCACAUAAAGAAGAGAAAGAAGUCAAAAAGCCACACAAAGAAGAGAAGGAAGUCAAGGAACAUCUCAAAGACAAGAAAGAAGUGAAGAAACAUCUAAAAGAAGAGGUACACUUGAAAUCAUCAGAAAUUAAAAAUAUUACAAAAGAGAAAGAGGCAAAUGAGGGGAAGAAGCCAUCUAAAGACGUUGAACACACGUCAAAAGAAAAGAAACAAGUGACACUUUCUAAGAAAGAGAGGGAGGACAAGAGGCCUUCUACGGAAGAGACAAAGGAGAAGAAACAUGUGGAGGAGAAAGAAGCAAAGAUGCCAUCUAAAGAAAAGAACCUGAAACCAUCCAAGAAAGAUGAGAAAGAUCUCGUGGAAAAGAAAGAAAUGAAGAAGCUUUCUGUGGAGGAAAAACCCCACCAAAAAGAGAAAGAAUCAACUAAAAAGGUAGAACUCAAAAAGCAUCUCAAAGAAAAGGAGGAAGAAAUACUGCCUCCAAAAGAGAGAGAACCAAAGACACCAUCAAAAGAAGAUAAAGAACCAGAAAAAACACCAAAGAAGGCCAAAGAAGUAACAAAGCCUCCAAAAGAAGAGAAAGAAGUAACAACACCUCCAAAAGAACCAGAAAAGAUCUCCAAAGAGAAAAAACAACCAACUAAGCUUUAUAAAGAGGUGAAAGAGGCAGAAAAGAAACACGUAGUACCAAAGAAGCCCUCUGAAGAAAAACACAAACCAGAGAAACCUUCAAAAGAUGAAAAAGAACCUUCAAAACAAUGUAGAAAGGAGGAAGAAGAAAGAAAAUUGUCUACCAAAAAAGAGACAGAACCAAAGAAGCUGUUUAAAGAAGACAGAGAGGAACUGUCCAAGGAAGAGAAAGUUUCUAAAGUAGAGGUCAAAAAGGUCCAAAAAGAAGAAAAGGAACCAAAGAAGAUCUCAAAGGAGGAUCCAACAAAACCUUCUAAAGAGGAGAAAGAAAUCAAGAAGACUCACAAAGAAGACAAAGAACCCACAAAGAAGACAGACACUAAGACAGAAGCUAAACCCCAAAAGGCUGCAAGGAGGAUUAAAGUAGUCAAAAAGGAGGUUGCAUCUGUCCUGCAGAAGGAACAUCUUAAUGUUACAAAAGCAGCUGAAGAACCCAAGAAGCCUGCAAAGGUGCUGAGAGCUGCUAAAAAGCAUGAAGUCCCUGUCCUGAAAAAGGAACAUGGGAAUGUUACAAAACCAGAGAUUCCUGAAGUUACUAAGGUGAAAGCCAAACCUGAACCUGCAAAGAAAGAUCUUCCAAAGGAAAAGGCCAAAGCAGCUCCUGCCAAGAAAGAAGCAGCUGCUCCAAAAGAAAAGCCUGAGCUAGUCAUCUUGAAAAAAGGACAGGCAGGCGCUGCCAGAAAUUCCUCUCUGGUGAAAGAGAGGGUCAAAAUAGUGCCUUUGAAGAAAGAAGUAAAGGUGCCAAAGGAGAAAGCAGUUUCUGCAAAGAAAACAGCUGAGGUUUCAAAACAGAAACCCAAACCAGUUCCAACAAAGAGGGAACCUGCUCCACUCAAGACAAAACCAGCCCUGAUUGUUAAAGCAGAAGCCCCAAAGAAAAAUGUCUCUAUAACAAAGGAGAAAGCGAAGGUGAUGCCAUUGAAGAAAGUGGCUCCGAAAGAGAACGUCAAACCAGCACAGACGAAAAAAGCUGAAGUUCUCAAGGAGAAGAAGGCUGAGCCAGUGACUCCCACAAAAGAAAAAACAGUUGAGAAGAAAACAUUCAAAGAAGAGAAAGUUGAAGAAGACAGAGUUCUCAAAGAGAUACAGGAGCCUGCAAAGAAAGAAAAAUCUGCAGAGAAGAAAGCUGCCAAAGAGGAAAAAGUAAAAGCAGAGUCUGCUGUAUCAGACUUUCCUAUGGAUGAUGAGAUGCCCUACUUCCAGUGUUUCUUUGUGGACGAGGAUGAGGCCCAGUUUCCAUUCUACGCCUUCUCACCACUGUAGAUUUGAAGCUUCACUUUGAAUCUAGUCUGCAGUUUACAGUUUAGUCAAUUUACUGAUAAUGACAUGGUCACGUCACGCUGAAACAUAGCCUGCUGUUCACUGUUGGUCUUCAGUAGAAAACCCUGAUGGCAGAGGAUGGUUUAUGUGAUGGACCAUUUAUUUUAUUUCCAGAUUUGGUUGAGCUCUUGCACCAACUACGUGCAGCCAGUGUCAUUCCUUUUUCAUUUUUUUAAAUUUAACUUUUAAUUUUUUUGUUUUAAUUUCUCUUAAAGGGUUGAUAUAAUAUUUUAAGAGGUAUAAUCUGUAUUAUCCUUUGUGGAUCAUUUAUUUUAGAUCACUGCAACCUUAUGAAAAUACUUUUAAUAUAUUUACUGCUCGUUUCAUUUUUCUUGUAAUCAAACUUCUGUGCUGCAGCACAAUGGCUUUCUUUGUUUUUAAAAAAAAGUAGAAACAUAGUUUACAACUAUGCAGGGUACAAACACUGCCACAACUGCUGAUCCAAGGCUGAUAGAGGUUCAGUUCCUAUAAGCCCACAUUUACUUGAAAAGUGGUUUGUACAAUAGGGGUACAUUAAUUUUUAUCAUCUUUGUUAGUUUUGCUUUUUUUCUUCGUUGCAUCAUAGACAUUAAAGUCUCUGUACUCCGCUUAUCCUGCUUUCAGAGCCCUUUAAUCAAAGAUUGGGUAUUUGUAGCAUUCGUACAUUAUUCCUGAUAUUUCAUUUAUCUCAAGGAAACAUGUUUCUCACACAUUUUCCUUUACCCUUGAUGGGUACAAAAAACUAAUCAAAGCAUUAAUGAAAAUAAUUUAAUUUAAUCCUCUUUGGAGGAUGUUUAUUUUGUUUUGUUUGUUUUUUAGUUUUUUUUUGUCUGUAAUUAAUACAUGUCCAGAGGAAUGACCAUGCACUGUAUAUGAGAGCUCCCAAACUUACUGGUAGAACACUACCUGACUACCUAACAUGUUGAUAUUUUAAGUCUUAUUAAACCGUACCAUCUAGA